ACUUAAAAACCUUUCCAUCAACAAGAACAAAAGCCUUGAAGCAACAAGAUUACACAUUAGCAAAAGAAAGAAGAAAAAAAUGCAGAAGAUGAAUUCAAAGGGAGCUGAAGUUGCUACACCCACUCAAAUAUAUGAAGAUUUUGUGCCAUCUUCAAAGCUAGUUAAGGAAGAACAUUCUGACACUCUUCACCUUACUCUUCCAGGUUUCAAGAAGGAGCAGCUGAGGGUUCAACUGGCCAUAACAGGAAUUCUGAAGAUCAGCGGACAAAGGCCAAUUGGUCAGAAUAAGUGGCAGAGGUUUCAGAAGGAAUUUCCUGUUGCAGAAAAUUGUGACAAAAGCAAAAUCACUGCAAAGUUUGAAAAUGGAAUUCUUCAUGUUAAACAACCAGAACUGAUAACUUCAUCAGUGAAAAAGGAUAAGGAUUUAGCAGCCACAGGAGCUGAUAAUAAACCUUCAGCUAAAAGACAGAAGACCACUUUACGAGAUGAAUUUGCUAAGCAGGAUAAUACUGAAAAUACCGCUGCUAAAAGGCCAGCAAAAGAAGAACCAAAGAACAAUAGUCCCAAAAUCACCGAGCAAACAGAAUCUAAAAGUCCUACAGAAAAAAAAUUACCAUCACAUGAACGUAGUUCAAGUAGUAGUUCUUACACUGAAUCUGAAUGUGAAUCGACAGAUGACGAGACAGAUGAUGAAACAGCCGGACAUACCAGUUGUUUGGCUGCAAACCUGAAGAAGCCAAAGAAAGUGAUUAAAAUGAGUCUUGUUGCUCUAUUGGUUCUUGGAAUCAGCCUUUAUGUCGCCAAUGUGAUGAAGUCCCCCCAGUUAUGAUUGUGAAUAGAAUAACUGAAGAACUAUCCCUUCAUUUCUAAACUGUACUCAGUCAAUUUGUUAUGAAUCUUAAACCAUCAUUUGAAUAAAUCAGAAGUGCUAAUGAGGUGAAAUGGUCUUCAUCUCAUGGCUCACUAAAGGUCCGCAUCAUUUGAACGCAUUGUCUAUAGG